AUGCAUAAGAUUUCAAAUUUCACAGGCCAGGCCCGUCAUGGCUGGGAGAGAAUGACCCCGGCUUUCGGCAUGUCCCGCCCCCAACAAGAUAUGACAGGCUCCCAGGUGUAUCGCAGACCUCCUCCCCAGACUAUGCCUAACCCUCCCGCCGUCGAUCCGAUAAUAUGCUUAUCCUUCAACGUUCCGCUAUCUUCGAAUAUCCCAGGUCCCGAUCCCGAUGAUGUGUUACACUCAACACCUGGCGCGCUUGUCCGGUGGACGUAUCCUGACGGUAUCCCGUCCGGAACUCCGGUCCAUAAAUUGCCAAUUCACUCUCAUCAUGUGGAUUCAUUGAGAAAAUUGUGCCGCCAGAUCACAGAGAGUUAUAGCGGACGGCUCGAAGCAACCGUAACGUCCACAGAGCCGAAAGCUGUGUCUUCGCUACAGCGACGUCCUCAAGGUCUGGUCACUAAUGUCUGUAUAUCCGGGGAACAUGACCUGGUACAUAAAAUAAGAGCAAGGAUUCUGAGAGAGACUCCAUUUUCUUUUCAAUGUGCUAUAGUAGAUAUUGAUGUCAACAUGGUCAUGGACCCAAUUACCAACUUGGUUCGGCAGACUGUUUUAACUCAUCUCAAUACCCUUGCCAGCUAUACUGGCGUGGAUAUUUUUCUGUUGAGCCCAAAAAUCGUUGAUGCUGAUAACGUUUCUUCUUAUGGAUACUCGACCGAGAAUGGGCUUGACCGUCGUUUUAGAAUUGCGAUAUAUGGCGAUGAAGAGAGUGCGGAGCAUGCAAAAACAAGAGUUUUGAUUAUGAUUGAUCAGAUUCUGAAACGACAAGUGGAUGUGAUAAAGCUUGAAUUGACUCUCCAUACCCUAAUCUGCGGCCGCGGCAAAAGAAAUAUUAAGCACAUCGAAGCAGUCACGAAUACUGCAAUCUAUUUCCCGCCUUCAUUCCCUCGUCUUUAUGGCUAUACCCCGCCUGGUUCUUAUAGGCGCUGCGAAGAUGAAGUCUACAUAACUGGCGCCACCCAAGAAGACAUUGCUAGGGCAAAGCAAAAGCUUCUCGAUUUGGUUCGAGGCGUCAAAGUCUAUAUCAAAGAUGCUACCGUCACCCCGGAAAAAAUUGACAGCAUCUUGCUUGAUCGACUAGAUAAGAUUCGUAAAGUAAUGGAGGCAAAUGGUUGCUAUAUUUUAUUUCCUCCACUUGCGGGCCGGCGUAAUAAGCUGCGUGUCCAGGGAACCGAGAUCCUGCAUGUGGAGAGGACUAUUCGAGAAUUGAUGACUUUGGCUAGUCAAUUCUACGAAGCUAGUUGGUGGAUCAUUGUUCCUGAAGACGGACCACAGACCCGUCUUCCGUCAUUAUCAGAGACUAGAGUGAUGCUAUCAGAUAUUUGUGCUAAUUCUGGUGCAGAAGUCAGUUUUGAAAAAUUGACUUUCACGAUCAGUGGGUCUGAUGAUUCUGUCAAAUCCGCAAUGACAGUCAUCCAUCAAAUUCCGUUUGUCAAGCGCUCACCAUUUCAGAUGCGAGUGAAGAUUGAGCUGGCCAACGAGCAUAAAGAAUUCGUUAGUGGCAAAAAGAAUGGGAAAAUAAACAAAAUAAUGAGUCAAAGUAACGUUCAAAUAAUUUUUGACGGUUUCAAUGAAUACAACUUCCACAUCGAUGUCUGUGGUACGCAGUACGGUUCAACGCGGCAUGGUUUAGAGCUUGUCGAGCAAGAAAUGCCGGCAUCUAUCUCAUUUCAUGUUCCUGAUCAGUACCACAAGCGCAUUAUCGGCAUUGGUGGUCAACACAUUCAACGAAUCAUGAAGAAAUAUUCUGUAUUCGUGAAAUUUUCGAAUGCCAUGGAUCGCGGCGGUGUUAGCAAGGACGACGAUGAUAUUCGAGUCGAGAAUGUCAUAUGCCGUACACCAGCCAGGAACGCACAGAGUUUAGAAUAUGUGAAGCAAGAAAUCAUGGAUAUGGUAGAGAAAGUUGAUGCCGAGUUUGUCUCCGAGAAUGUACUUGUGAACCGCCUCUACCAUCGGGAACUUAUCUCCCGAAUGAACGAGCUUGACGAGCUGGAAAAAAAGUGGAACUGCAAAAUCGAUUUCCCCAGUACUGAAACCGCCAGCGAUUUUGUCACUAUUUCGGGGCCUGAAUAUCAGGUUGCACAAGCUGUGGAUGCUUUCUUGGGCAUGGUUCCUGAAACCCACGAGAUUUCAUUUCAUAGCUCUGAACAACUUCAAGAGUACUUCAAAACUCCCGAAUUUGCAAACGAGGUUCGACAAAUGCUAAAGGAUCGGUAUGAGGUGGACAUUUUUGUUGAAGAUAUGGAUGAGCCACCACUGGAGGAUCAAUCCCCACCCCUUGAAAAUACUCUUAUUUUAGGCUAUACCCAGAACAAUGCCGGAGGACUAAAGGACGCUAUCGACUUUCUCGUGUCUCGACUUGUAUCCCACGGACUCGACGCCACAACUGUUAAAGGCUCCAUUCCCCGGCCAAAAUCAGAUUCGUUUGAAGACUCGUUACCGUUUUUCAACGCGAGAGUAUUGCAAAAUGCUCCCACACUACUUCCAACGGACUCCCCCACACGUAUCAACUUCACCGACGACGCCGGCGACCGCGGUUCGAUUUUUGAGCGACUCCGUAAACCUGGUAGUAUAUCUUCAUUCUCCUCCUUUAUUGGUCGGAAGAAUCAUUCCGGCUCCCCUGGGUCUUUCUUCAAACAUGCAUCCAGUAAUGCAUCGAAAGCUUCACUUGUUUCAAUGGAAUCGCGGGACAGUGGCUACCGCAACCCUUGGAACGACUCCGGCGUAAAUCUUCCCGGAGAAGAUGUCUUCAGCUCCAAUAAUGGGUGGCCAUCUCGAUUUGAUAGUGCAUUUCCUAUUGGUGUUGCGCCGGGCGACAUGACUCCACGACACGAUUCCCGCGCCUCACUUGACAGUGCCCGCCCUAGUACUUCCAAUUCUGCUUCUGGAUACCCGGCCCCUAUCGGGCCACCUCGUUAA